AUGACUGUUGCUCUAAACCGGUUUAUUUCUCGGUCCGCAAAUAGAUGCAAACCCUUCUUCCUAUUGAUGAAUAAAUGGAAGGGAUUUGAGUGGACUGAGGAGUGUGCUUUGGCAUUUCAGCAACUUAAAGAAUACCUAUCUUGGCCACCUAUCAUGUCCAGUCCUAAGACGGAUGAGGUAUUGUUUUCUUAUAUUGCAGUGGCCCCUCACGCUGCCAUCUUAGCAGUGGUGCAUGGUACACAAAAACUUCCCCAUUACUUCCAAGCACAUACAAUUGUCGUCCUAACUCAACUUCCACUCAGGGCCAUACUUCGAAGUGAUGAUUAUAUGGGGAGGAUUGCAAAGUGGGGCACAGUUCUAGGCGCUUUUGACAUCAAAUACAUGCCUUGUAUCUCUGUCAAGGGUCAGGUACUGGCAGACCUUGUGGCCGAGUUCACUGAACCCCUGUUAGAAGAAACAUCAACAACACAAAACAUGGAUGGAAAAUCGGUUAGCACAAUCUCCCUGCAAGAACCUUUAUUCUGGAAGGUAUAUGUUGAUGGUGCGGCAAAUCGAAGGGGCUCUAGGGUGGGGCUAGUUCUGAUCUCUCCCGAGAAGCUCACCAUAGAAAAGUCAUUAAGAUUUGGCUUCUUGGGCACGAAUAAUGAAGCUGAGUACGAAGCCUUGCUGGAGGGAAUGUCCAUAGUUCAAAGAAUGGGAGGAAAGGCAGUAAAUAUGUUCUCAGACUCGAGGAAUGGAAACACACACUCCGAUUCCUUAGCCACACUGGUGACCUCCUCGGCACAGAGCCUACCUCAGGUUAUCCUUAUAGAAGACUUGUGUAAACCCACGGAGGUCAAGGGACAAGCGGUUCAUGUUCACCAAAUCAGGGUAGGGCUCAGUUGGAUGGAUUCCAUAGUACUAUAUCUGAGAGAAGACAUCUUGCCGGAAGACAAAUCAAAGGCUGAAAAGAUAAGAAGAAAAACGUCUCGUUUUUUGCUAUCCAAGGACCAAAAAUUGUACAAGCGCUCUUUUUCUGAGCCAUAUCUACUCUGUGUUCUCUCCGAAGCGACAGAGCUACUCCUUGAGGAGCUGCAUGAAGGAAUUUGUGGAAGCCACACAGGAGAUAUAGUUGGCCCUUUCCCCAAAGCAGUAAGGAACAAGAGGUAUUUGUUGGUCGGCACUGACUAUUUCCCUAAAUGGGUUGAAGCUGAACUUUUAGCAAAUAUCAGAUAUGUGGAUGCUAAGAAGUUUAUUUGGAAAAAUAUUGUUACCCGGUUUGGGGUCCCUUAUUCCCUCAUCUCGAAUAAAGAUCUUCAGUUUGACAGUAAGUCCUUCAGGAGAUACUACUGUGAAUUGGGAAUUACGAACAGAUAUUCUACUCCGACUUAUCCUCAAGGAAAUGGACAAGUCGCGUCUAUUAAUAAGGUCAUAGUUAGUGGACUCAAGAAAAGGUUAGAUGAUGUGAAGGAAAAAUGGGUGGAAGAACUGUCAUAUGUCUUGUGGACGUAUUGA